UUGGAGUAAAAGGUAAUGUUGUAGAAGUGCAGAGUAAAAAUGAAAUAUUGAAGUAAAGUAUAAGCACAGAAAAGUUGUAGAAUUACAGUACUUCAAUAAAUUUGUUUACAUCCCCCCAGUAACUGCAAGAUGAAUCAAUGGGUUGUCAGGCUUUGUUUUGUCUGCCAAAAGUUCAAGUGAUAGCGCUUGCCCAACCAACAUUAAAUCUUAAUUGCAGCUGGUUUCAUGUUUGACUACGUGACCUGUGUAAAAUACUACAUAACUUGACCCUACAGUUAACAGAGAGAUAAUCCUGCGCAGUCAGUUUGCAGGUUUUGCCUGGAGUUGGAUAUUGAAUGCAAUCAGAAUGGUUAUCUAUUUUAGUCAUAUUUUACAGGCUAUAAUAACAAGAAAUAGAGAGUCUUUUCUCUAAUCAAUGCUCUUCCCAGAAAGUAUGCCAACCCUUCCCUGAAGGUAAAUCAUUUCUUAUGAAUACAAUAAACCUCCUCACGUUAUCCAUUUACAUAUGUCACGUGAGUGUGUGUGCAACUGACACUCACAGGCUACAGUGGUUCCUAAUACUUACAGCUUUAGUCAUAUAAGAUAACAAAUCUCACAUGUGUCACCUGCUGUCUUCAGCCACAAUAUGGAAAAUCCCAAACAAAUCAUACAGAUGAUGAGAUCAUGUGCAUGUGUGGCCUUGUUAUGUAUUAAAUUUGAAUUUGGUUGAAUUUCUAAAUCACCCAGUAAGAAAAAGGAGUAAGUGAUCAUCAAGUGUAGUUUACAUGUCAGACAGUGUGUGUAUUGCCUAACUGGACCUCACAAAUGUGGCCUGCAGGCGUUGCCUCUGUCCUAUGUUUAACUGUCAGUAGGUAAGCACCUCUCCUCAUUGCCACUCUGCGACCCUGACCCUCACUGACUGAUGGCUGCUAUUUUUAGAUGAACUGAACCACAAUGACUCCCUCUUUUUAGCUUCUAUCAGAGGUGAGGUGAAGGGCCUGUGUAAAUAUUUGCCAGGAUAUUUCUGCAAUGGCUGUCAUGGUGAACUAUGUGAAGAUUAUCACAUCUUCACUCACUGUUGAGAGAGAGAUUUUUUGUUUUGUUUAUUUAAAUAACUGACAUUUACAUUUGCUACAAUAAGGCAAAUACAACAGCAUGUACUACUUACCACUGUAUUUUGAAUCAUUUGGUCAACACUUCCAUAUUUCCAUACAUUUCUUUUAAAAAAUGGUAGAGUAUGAGAAUGAUAUUUUAGAAAUUGUUGAUUACAGACAUCUACCUUUUUUUUCACACCUAAACCUGGAUCUAUGACUGGCCUCCUUUCUGUCACUGGGUUUAUUAUCUACAGCUGAGGUGCCUCUCACCAGCCCUCAGUGUAGUAAAGUGUUAAUGUCAAUGACAGCCACAUGCAUUUCACAACCAAUAGUUUGUGGUAAGAGAUUAAUUAUGUGAAGCAGUGAUGUUAGCAGAGUAAACUUUAAGUAAAUGAUCAACAAAGUCAGAUCUAACCUUCUUGAACACAGUGUGGGAGGGACCUUUUCUUGCUUUGAUCUGGUGGCAAGUCAUGUGACCCAAAUAGUUUGCCUCUGACCAGACUGAGGGGAGAAAUAUCUUCUUUUUGCAAGUAACAAACCAACAAAAAAAAAAAAAAAUCAUCACAGUCGAUUGUGAAGGUUUGUAAGUGUGUUUUGGAGUUGUCCCACUUUUUACAAAGCUCUGCAAUAUUGAUCUGCCUGCUUUACUUGUCCCUUCCAAACAGGAAGACCAGCUGACAUUGGAAGGUGUAGUAGUUGAUCAUUGACAGGCAGCUCCAAUUUAUUUUGGACAGUGAUGCCGUCUGGUAACACUUCAUUUGACUCUAGGAGAUAGUGACUAACUGUCAGCUGCUGUUUCUAGAUCAACAAUGCAUCCGUAUCACAAAUCUCAGUCCAGACCGGACCAUCUGCCCUCUGAGGGUCCAGUGGGUCAGGGUCACCUCGGGUCAUCCAGAUCUUUGGUUUGUGCACCAGAGCAGUCAGCAUCAACGUAUAUGAGCUGCCACAAGGAAUCUGCAGAGUUGUGUCCAUCCACUGGCCAUCGAGACUGGCACUGUCCAGUCUGCCUGCAGACAGCCAACUUCCCAGUCCAGACAAACUGUGGCCAUUUGUUCUGUGCUCCCUGUCUGAUCACCUACUGGAGACAUGGCUCAUGGUUGGAUGCAAUCAGCUGCCCUCUCUGUAGAGAGAAGGUCAGCGUGCUGUGCCACCUGUUCAACGAGAGUCGAUCAGACCGGCAGUCAAAGGAAGUUCUCGGGGAAAUCACAGAUUACAACAAACGAUAUUCUGGGGCCCCACGACGGGUAACAGACUACCUAUGUGACGCGCCCCUGCUCCUGCAGUUACUGGCCCGUGGACUUGGCACCAUGGGAUGGCUCGUGUCGCUGUUUUUCUUCAGAGUAGCCCUGUGCUGCGUGGGGACAGUGGUGUCCAUCUCCUCCCCUCCUCUGGACCCUGUCUCCUCAUCAUCAGCAAGUCCCCUGGAGACAGACCCCUCCCUCUGCGGGCUGCUCGGGGUCCUGGAUGACCUGGUGGUGGUCAUUCUGCUCCUGAUCUGCGUUAUCAACAUCAACCAGCAAAUGGUGCCAGAGGGAGGACGACACUCUGCAAAUGCUACAACGUCACAAGGAGUAAUGGGGAAUUCACUGUAGAUAGAUGCUGCUGUAGCGUGUGAGUACAAGCUGUUUGACAUGGACUUUUUUUUUUUUUUUUUUUUAAAAGAGAUUUCUCCCUUCUGGCUGUAGCAAGUUGAAUUAGUGAAUGCAUGACAAUUAAAAACAAAACAGUGUGUAGUAGCCAAGAUGUUUGAGACAGUCUCAGCCUCUCAGACUGUUGACGCAGACUCCAGGCCUGUUUGUCAAGUGUUUACAGAGCCUGUGCAAGAGUGAGAGCGACAUCUUACAAUGUUAUGCUGUGUGUUGGUUCAGCUUUGGUUACACAUCCUUAAGUCCCUCAGGCCUGAAGAGUUUAGCAUGUAGCUUUUUCAUCCAUAUUAAAUGGGCAAAAUGUUCAGUGUCCACUGACUUGUCAAUUAAAAAAGCACAUUCAUAAUUUACAUUUUAAUAAUCCAUGUUUUUUUUGUUUUUUUUUUAGCAUCUUAUCCCCAAAAAUCAUUUUUACACCUAACUGGGCAACAAUUUUGCCACUUUUUUUGACAUCUAUGUAAAUAUUUUAUAUUGUAUGAAUUUGUUUUUAUGUGUAAAAUAAAGAAUAUUUAUUGUCUUA